CUGUAACCGGAAGUUUACUUCGCGAGCUUUGUAGCAGGGACUGCCAGUUUUGUUUUAUUUGUGUUUACUUACUGAACUUCAAAUUUACAUGUGUGGCGUGUAGUUCGGCGAGUUUGGAUAUUCAUUUAUUUAUGUAUUUAAAAUAGUUUGGACCAAGAAUACGUUUGUAUUACUUUCUAGACUAGUACAGCAGUUGUCAGGAGUGCCGAGAGGAGGAUGUCUGGAGGAACCCGACUGGAGAACGCGAACCCGUUAAUUUUUCAGAGAUCUGGAGAAAGACUUCUGACUGCGAGUGAAGAGGACGAAGAUGUCACUGAUCCUAUAGAUGACAGGGAAAUUUUCGAUCACAUUAGGUCCAUCAAUGAUCCCGAGCACCCGCUGUCCCUUGAGGAGUUAAAUGUUGUGGAGCAAGUGCGUGUGAAAGUAAAUGACCAUGACAGUACAGUCUCUGUGGAAUUCACGCCAACCAUCCCUCACUGUAGCAUGGCUACUCUCAUAGGACUGUCUAUCAAAGUCAAGCUACUACGCUCACUGCCUGACAGGUUUAAGAUUGAUGUCCACAUUACGCCAGGAACACAUGCCUCAGAAGAUGCAGUUAAUAAGCAGCUAGCAGAUAAGGAGAGAGUGGCUGCAGCAUUGGAGAACGCUCAUCUGCUGGAGGUUGUCAACCAGUGCCUCUCUACAAGACCUGCGUGACCCGAUUAGUGCUUAGUUGUUAUUCUCUGGAUAAAGAAGUCACAUACUUCUUUCAGCUUGCUGUAGUGAACAUGCACAGUAACAUUUUUUAUAAUCAGUGUCUGGUGUUAAUUUAGAGCUUGUUGGUGCUGUGCUCUCCUGAGCACACGUAAAAUAUAAUGAAAAAAAUGAAGCAAAAAAAAUUGACAGUUACUCAUGUUUGUAACUAAACAAGUGAAAACUUCUUGAAGAUGAACAGAUUGUAAAAAAACAAAUGUCAUUUAAAGAAAUUCAUAUUAAACUUUUUUAUAUAUAAUAUCUGGUUUGCAGACCCUAU